CCUUCACACAUUUCUCUCUGUAUCAUCCAUAGAAAUUUGAUGGUUUGCCAAGCACCAGCUAGGAUGCAUCCAAAUUCUAUGUUCAUGGCAGUUUCUCCACCUCAUAAACUUUUUCCUUACCACAAAAUCAACAAAUGUCUUAUCCUAAUCUUCUUGAAGCACGCACUUGCUUCAAUAUUAACCUGUAUGUUAACACUUUAGCAUAUCAUCUUUAUUUCGCAUCAAAUCCCUCUUUUAACUUUUCCUAUUUUGAAAUAACACUUAGCCAAAAAGUAAUGGCAGCACCUGAGUCAAACACUCACCUCCUAGAAGAGCUAGAACAGCUCAGCCAAUCCCUUUACCAGUCUCACAUUUCUGCAACCCGCAGAACUGCAUCGCUUGCUCUGCCUCGGUCUGCAGCUCCUCCAAUACCUACUGCAGAUGAAGCUGAUACAGCUACAUAUGAAGACAGCAGGCCCAGCCUCAAGUCCAGGCCAAGGAGAAUGUCCUUGUCUCCUUGGCGUGCUCGAGCCAAGGAUGAUCAAGCUCGUGAAAACGAACAGCCGAAGAAAGAGAAAGAUAUUAAGCUAUUUGAUCAUGAGGAUGCAUCAUCAACAGACAAAAAGGGAAUAUGGAAAUGGAAGCCAAUGCGAGCUCUGUCGCAUAUUGGAAUGCAGAAACUGAGUUGCUUGUUCUCGGUGGAAGUGGUUGCAGCUCAGGGUCUUUCAGCUUCAAUGAAUGGGCUAAGGCUCUCAGUUUGUGUAAGAAAGAAAGAAACAAAAGAUGGGGCAGUAAAUACAAUGCCAUCUAGGGUAUCUCAAGGAGCAGCUGAUUUUGAGGAGACAUUAUUUGUUAAAUGCCAUGUUUACUGCACACAAGUCAGUGACAAACAGCAGCUGAAAUUCGAACCAAGACCCUUUCUCAUUUAUCUUUUUGCAGUUGAUGCUGCGGAGCUAGAUUUUGGAAGGAGCUCGGUGGAUUUGAGCCGGCUUAUUCAGGACGCGCUACAGAAGACUGCAGAAGGUUCUAGGAUACGUCAAUGGGACACAAGUUUCGAUCUUGCAGGAAAGGCAAAGGGGGGACAACUGUUGCUCAAAUUAUCAUUCCAGAUCAUGGAGAAAGAUGGAGGAGGUGGACUGUUCAGUCAGCUUGAGGGAUUGAAGUCGGGAAGAGCAAGAGCUUCUUCUUCUACAUUUGGACGGAAGCAGUCAAAGUCAUCGUUCAGCAUACCAAGUCCCAAGUUGUCGAGCAGGGCAGAAGUCUGGACUCCAUCUCACACAGGAACGGCUGCAGAUAUUCAGGGUAUAGACGAUCUGAACCUUGAUGAUGAACCACCUGUACCUGAACCUCAGAAGCCAAAAGAAGAAGAGGGAACAGAGGAAGUUGAUCUUCCAGAUUUCGAAGUGGUGGACAAAGGAGUGGAGAUUCAGAAAACCGAACAAACCAAUGAAGAUGAAGAGCUUAAUGACAAAGCUGAAGACGGUUCUUCAACCAGUGAGGUUGUGAAGGAAGUGGUACAUGAUCAUGUUCACCUGUCAAGAUUAACAGAGCUGGAUUCUAUAGCCCAACAGAUUAAAGCACUUGAAUCAAUGAUGAUAGAAGAAACAGUGGAUCAAACACAUGAAGAAGAAAAUGAAGGAGAGAAGCUUGAUGCUGAUGAGGAAACUGUAACAAUGGAGUUUCUUCAGAUGCUUGAGGAUGAGGAAACAGGUGACCUGAGCGAGUUUCAAUUUAAGACGCCUGCUUCUAAGCUAGAUAAAACUCAGAAAACUGCAAAUGCUGAGUCAGGAGUUUUUCUACCAGACCUUGGCAAGGGUUUGGGUUGUGUAGUUCAGAUAAAAAAUGGAGGGUUCUUAGCUGCCACAAAUCCUUUAAAUGUUGAAGUGUCAAAGAUAGAAACUCCAAAGCUUGCAAUGCAGAUAUCUAAACCUUUUGUUCUUACUUCAGACAUGUCUAUCAAUGGGUUUGAGCUAUUUCAGAGGAUGGCUGCUCUUGGGGUUGAACAACUUAGCUCCGAAGUGCUAACUCUGAUGCCCAUAGAAGAGCUGGUAGGCAAAACUGCAGAACAAAUAGCUUUUGAAGGAAUUGCAUCAACAAUUAUCAGUGGCAGAAAGAAAGAAGGUGCCAGCUCAAGAGCUGCUCGUAGCCUUGCUACCAUUAAACAGAUUGCAAGCGCCAUGAGCACAGGCAGGAAAGAACGGAUAACAACAGGACUUUGGAAUGUUGGUGAAGAUCCACUCACAGCUGACGAACUCCUGGCGUUCUCCAUUCAGAAGAUCGAGGGUAUGGCAAUUGAUGCACUGAAAAUACAGGCAGAUAUGGCUGAAGAAGAUGCUCCUUUUGAUGUUUCUCCACUUGGUGGGAGGGCACAAAGCAGCGGUCAAAAAGACCAAAAUCACCCUCUUUCUGCAGCAAUUUCACUUGACGAUUGGAUUAAAGAUAACGAACUUAAAGAGUCAGAGACAAUCACAUUGCUGAUGGUGGUCCAGCUCCGUGAUCCAUUAAGGAGAUAUGAGCCUGUUGGGGCACCUGUUAUAGUACUGAUUCAUGCAACUCCUGCUGAGACAAAACAAGGAAAAUAUGAACAGACAAAAUUCAGAGUAGUUAGUUUACAUGUUGCGGGCAUGAAAGUUCAAACAGGCCAAAAGAGGAAUGCUUGGGAUACUGAGAAGCAUAGACUAACUGCUAUGCAAUGGCUGAUAGCAUAUAACAUGGGUAAGGCAGCAAAAAAAAGAAAAUCUCCAAGCUCAAAGGGGGAAGAUCUGUUAUGGAGCCUUUCAUCAAGGAUAGUUGCAGAUAUGUGGCUCAAGUCGAUAAGAAAUCCAGAUGUGAAAUUCACAAACUAACAGUAGCAUUUUGUACUUCUAUAUACUCGAAAACUCUUGUAAGCAUAUUGAUUAUUUUUAGAGCACGUAAAAUGCUUCCUAUUCCACCUACAGCAAAUAUAUUUUAGCAAGCGCAACAAAGUGAUCGCUACAGAUCAAUAAAGGAACGAGUCUGUUGGUGUCCAAACAGAACAUUUAUCAACUAGCAAAGCUACUUCGCAAUUAUUUGGCGAAUUAGGUUCAUUUACAUUUCAAAUUGCAAAUAUGAAUUAGGAAACGAAAUGGCCUAAAUGAUACCAACUAUAGCUUAAGUGUAGGGAGCAGCACAAACUAUAGCUUCCACAACACGAACUCUGGUAAUGGGGGCACGCAUUGACAAGAGGAUAGUGAAAGGCCGUGAUUCUAUAAAAGAUCCUAGAAUCUUCUUUAUUAUAUAUAUAUGUAUAUAUAUAUAUAUAUAUGAAUAUAUAUAUAUAUGUAUAUAUAUAUGUAUAUAUAUAUAUAUAUAUAUGUAUAUAGAAUUGGGUUCACUGAGAACUACCUUAUGGUGAGAACCACCUUAUGAACCGUUAGAUUAAUGAGAUGAAGUAACUCACAACCGUUAGAUCACCUCGACUUGUACGCACAAAAAAUUUCCAAUUUAGGGUCGUGCAACUUCUUUCCAUUUUUCUCAUUUCUCUUUCUCUCUCCUAUUUCGCACUUUCUCUCUCCUAUUUUGCACUUUCUCUCUUUCCUAAUUCACAUUCAUUGGAAUACAUGAUAGUAACUUCUUCGUUCUCUGGUUAACUUCUUCGCAAUACUGAACUGUGAUGUGAUAAUGGUGCAGAAGAAAGGGUCUUUCUGAAUGCUUCGGACUGAUGUACUUGUUUAUAGAAAUCUGCUGUCUCUGGAAUACAAGCUCUUCAAUAGUCUAUUUCCGGAUUGUGUCAUUUCAUUGCCCGCCUCUCUUUUAUUGAUUCCAAUUGAAGCAAACAUCACAAUCUACAUGCAGCAAGACUAAUACAUGGAAUCUAAAAGGAGUCUCUACUCAUAUGUAUCUUUGUGGUAUAAAAUCAAGACUUGAUUUUGUUUCAGCCUCUGGAGGCACUUUAGCAGAGGGGUGAAAUUGCUGUGAAUGGAUUAAUGUCUUUGCUUAAUUCGUUUUCUAGUUGUGGAUGGAUCCUUCAUACAAUUAUGGGAUGCAUAGAACUCAAUGUACUUGUAGGCUUGCAGCAUUGUCUAAAUUGUGAAGUAGCAAUACCUAAAUUGCAUCACCUUUGCUAGACUUCUUGCUUGGCUAGAAGAAGUGAACUGAAUCACUGAAUUUUGGUCCCAGAAGAUGGGAUCACUUAGUGUCUUGAUGAUGCAAAUCCUGUAUUUUCUUCUGAAUAGGGAAACAACAUGGCCUUUAGAUGGAGAUUUUUUUAAGAAUUCAUGUUGUGUUCCAGCACACUGAAGCUCAAUAAGUAUCCAUCAUCAUGCAGCACAGAAAUGGCUACUGUUCAAACUUUUCCCUCACACUUCUCUGAUGUAAAAAUUUUGUAAUGUUUGUGGGCGUGGCACAUGCCUUAUUGGUUACCUAGGCGUCUCAGUUAUGUACUUCUGUUAUAUAAUUAAAAUAUAUGGUUGCAUACUUCA